AGCGAACUACCGUCGACGAGGCUGUUGUGUUGUCCCAUCUCCCGAGACCUUUCAUCACAUGCCGUCUCUCCCCCGCACCGCCACAUCGGACCCCGGCACCGCCACAUUUCCGCCCCGUAAAGCCAUUCGAGCUUAAUUCCACGCCGCCCUUCAUCAUUUGCACGCGCAGGGACGACGUCGAGGGUGUACCUUACCACUAUUCGGGUCAUCUGCGUUUGGGUGAAUGUUCUUCCCUAGUAUGCUGGUGGGGUUUGUCUUAAGGGAUGCGACGCUUGCUUCCCCGAUCGCUUUGCCGCGCAGUCGAUGCUACAGCUGCGGAGACUUGCCUCUCUCCGAUGGAAUCGCGAACUCGCACGGCUCAGUAAAGCAUCUGAAUCUCGACACUCUCCCAAACGACCGGAGGCGGGACGAUACCUUAUUGCGGCGCCUGAUCCGGGGGCCUCGGAUUGCUUGCUGUACAGUAAUCGAUGUACCGUUUCCCUUCUGCACUCUGGCCCGCGGCAACCGACAUCCCGGGUCGAUGAUCAUCAAACGUCGAUGCACACGACACGCGGUGGCAAUCAUUGUGCAACUUCCGUGCAGCCUUUCGCACCGUCGGCAGUGUUCGUCGCUGUGAACAAAGUGUCCGAUGAGCCGGCGGCAUGAAUGAAGUCAAAUCGGCCAAUUAACAUGCCCGCUGAAUUGCGUGAUCUGGCGUCAUC